ACUCUAACCACUCCCCACUCCUGGGCGACGACAGUCCAAAUCGUUCCUCCAUUGAUAGCACGUUGUUUUAUUGAUCAAAAUAAACAAUGGCUCUAAUGUUCUUCGAUACUGCAGGUGAAUCGAGUCUCGAAAACAGAGAAACAUUAGUAGAAAGCGACGACGAUGUGGAUUUCGAGGGAUCUGAUCUAGACCCCGCUCGACUGAAAAUUAAAAAGCUAGUAAAGGAGAAAAGGAAAACUCUUGCAACCAACGACAUCGAUCUCGAUGAAUUCGAAAUCGAAAUGGGCUGGAAACAAGAAAAAAAGACGAAAUCCCUAGUUCCAAAGAUUCUUGACGUCCAAGAGCUUUCGCAGGCGGUCGAUCCAGUCCCCGAAAUCCUCCGGAAGACGGCAAUUAAGCCAGGAUUUGAACAAUUAAUGCAUGUUCCUAAAUAUGAAUUAAGCAAGAGGCAGAGGAAAGCCAGAGCUGAGAAAGAACGUAAAGAAUCUAAAGGGAAGAAAUGGUUCAAUCUGCCAGCUACAGAAAUGACUGACGAAAUCAAGCACGACCUGGAGAUUAUUCAAAUGCGAUCGGUUCUAAAUCCUAAGCAAUUCUACAAGAAGAAUGACAUCAAGACUCUUCCGAAAUUCUUCCAAAUUGGAAAAGUUGUUGACACACCACUGGACUUCUACCAUGGGAGAUUAACUAAGAAGGAGAGAAAGCGAACGAUUGUCGAUGAACUCAUGGCUGACGCUGAAUUUGCUAAAUAUAAUAAACGAAAAUACAAGGAAAUUGUUGAUGAAAAGAGGAAGAUGCAGUACAAGGCUCAUCGACAUGCAAGAAAAUUGAAAGGGAAGAAGAAAUAAUUUUUGUUUCGUUUGUACAUGUUGUUAGAGCGUAUAAAAAAUUGAAUAAAAAUAUCUUUUGUAUUUAAA